CUUAUUUGCUUCUUCAAACAAAAAAAACAUUUCACAAAAGCAUAGUUUAUCUCCUUCUUUCUGUGUAAAACAAUGAACAACAACAACACCGUGUAACCUCUGAAAACUCACAGAAGAAUCAAAUUUGUGUCAUUAUUCAGUUAAUCAAGCAUGAUUGGAAAUGGUGGCACUAUAUCCCAAGGUUCUGUUUUGUGUUACGCUUGUCAAAUUCCUGCUAAGGUUUCUGUCUCAAGUUUCCGAAGUUUUUGGGGACAUAGUGUAGAGAUUAAACCAAGAGGAAUGGCUUACACAGACAUGUCUUCUGCAUCAAGCCUACUUUUAAGUGGGGGUCAAAAUCUUCUAUCUCGUACUAUCCCUGUGUUACCUUCGCUGCGCAAGUCUUGUAGGGCCCCUCGAGCAAUGAAGGAAGGCUCAUCUGCUGGCUUUAAGUUUCCUCCGAUGACCAGAAAACCAAGAUGGUGGUGGAGAACAUUAGCAUGCAUCCCUUAUCUCUUGCCUAUCCAUCAGGUGUGGAUGUAUGCUAAGACAGCAUACAAUCUUCACCCGUUUAUCGAGGCAUUCGAGUUCAUAACGUACCCUUUUUUUAUGUCAAUUGGCAGUCUACCUAGAUGGUCUCUCAUAGCAUACUUCUUGAUUGCGUAUAUUACCAUUGUGAGGAGAAAAGAAUGGCCUCAUUUCUUCAGAUUUCACGUUGCCGUCGGAAUGUUAAUCGAGAUAGCCUUGCAAGUUACCGGGCUUGUGAGCCGUUGGAUGCCACCGGCAUUCUAUUGGGGUAGUCUUGGAAUGCAUUUCUGGACCACUGCAUUUUUCCUUUAUCUCUUUACUUCCAUAGAGUGCGUUAGGUGUGCCCUUACUGGUAUGUAUGCGGAUAUCCCUUUUGUCUGUGAUGCAGCAUAUAUCCAAAUACCAUACGAAACGUGAAAUAUGUAAGGAAGGAAACACCUUUAUAUUUUGCUACUCGUGUUUGUAUUGUUCUUUUUGUUAAGCAGAACCAUAGAAUGGCUAAUCAGUUUGUUGUUGUUUAUAUUAAAAUAGUACCUCUUUGAUAUUUCCCUUGAGUACAUUUUAGUUAUAUAUGCAUCAAAUUUAUCUGUA